AUGUUUAAUGACCAAUUGUUUGAUGAUGUUACUGGUGAAGAUAACAUGUCAUUCGAGUAUGAAGGGAUCUCUAAUUUUGAAGAAAUCUCUAAUUUUGAAAAUAAUCUUUAUGAAAAUAUUGUUAGAUCUUUGCUUAUCACAUCUUACUUUACUUCCCGUGAAGGUCCUACAAAAAAAAGCUCAAACCUAAAUGUAAUGCAAAAAAAAAAAACAAAACCCGGAAGCAGCUGGGUAUGGAAAUAUACUCGCCGUGAUAAAGUAACAAAAGUCAAACAUUGUGAUGUUUGUAUAUAUAAUGAUAAUGGUACUUUUAAAAAGUGCACAAUAGUGUUUAUGUCUAGAACAUCAACAACUAAUAUAGCUGCGCACUUGUAUACUGAACACCAAAUUUUUAAACCUCAAAAAUGGAAAGCACAACCACCCCUAACAUCAACUACAAUUCCCACGGCAACCAAUCAAAGAACAAUUGAAAUAGUAAUACAAAAGCACAUUGAAAACGCGUCGCCACUUCCUGAAAAACAGCAAAAUCGUAUUGCUUAUCGGCUCGUUGCUUGGAUAGUAGAGAAGAUGAUACCAUUGAAUUGUAUUAAUCAUGAUCGGUUCUGA